CGAUGAUGUCACUUCAGGGGCUGUCGGAUUUUUUUCACUCACUCUCUUUCUGUCUCGCUGGCCAUGUGUGCGGACUGGCGUCCGUCAUCAGCGGGCAAGCAGAGGCGAAGAGGAGGGGAGGAAAAGUGUGUUUACACAGACGGCAGAGCGCCUGGGGAAUCGUCGGCGAGAGGAAGUGAGCCGCCGGCUCUGCGUCUGCUUGCUCCGACUUCCUGCUCGCGGAAAGAAAAAGUCCAGGAUCCGAUUUCAGUCCGAGCACAAGCCGUGGAGCUUGCAAGCAUGGAAAAACAAGCGAUUUCUCCGGCGGCGGCGCGCUAAAGUUCAUCGGCGGCGAAGAAAGGCCACGGAAGUGAUCGCAGCUAUGGACAGCGCCAUCACUCUGUGGCAGUUCCUGCUGCAGCUGCUGCUGGACCAGAGCCACAAACAUUUGAUCUGCUGGACGUCCACUGACGGAGAGUUCAAACUGCUCAAGUCGGAGGAGGUGGCCAAGCUGUGGGGGCUACGUAAGAACAAGACCAACAUGAACUAUGACAAACUCAGCCGAGCCCUGCGAUACUACUAUGAUAAGAACAUCAUCAAGAAGGUGAUCGGCCAGAAGUUUGUCUACAAGUUCGUCUCCUUCCCUGAGAUCCUCAAGAUGGAUCCACAGAUGGUGGAGAUGGGCUUGGCAUCCGGAAGGUUCCCCCUCCAGGACGGUGAGCUCUCUGAGCUGGAAGUGGACGAGGAGGAGACAGAGGAGGGAGACGAAGAGGCCGAGGAGGCCCAGCGGAGGACGCGGGUGGCCGCGUUGGGGGCUCAGCAGAGCCGCAACGACUACCUCCGCUCGGGCCUGUACUCAUCCUUCAGCAUCGCCUCCCUCCAGAACCAGCCCGAGCUGCUGCGGGUGCUGCGGGAGGAGCCACGUUCCGUCAUACGCUUUGGCGCCAACGACGUCAAAGCUGAGGCUUACGUCUCCCCCGGGACGCCCAAAAGGCAUCCCCGCUUCCCCCUCCAGCAGGUGGGCCGAAGCGGUAGCAACGACAACGGAGACGAGGACAAGGACCAGGAAGGGGACUUCUCGGAGCAGAGUGCCCAGCCCCUCAACUUGUCGUCCGCGCACAGGGAGCGAGCCCUGCAGCCCCCUCCUGAAAAUAGGAGCGUCGGCGGAGGCAGCAGAAGCUCUGCCUCCUCUUCCUCAAGUAGUAUUUGUAGUCGAGGAGACGGAAUCCCGACCAAAAGCAAAAAGCCCAAAGCUCUGGACAUUUCAGCCCCCUCCCUCCUGCUAGCGGGUAGCGACAUCGGCUCCAUCGCACUCAACAGUCCGGCGCUGCCUUCCGGAUCGCUGACUCCCGCUUUCUUCACGGCACAGACACACUCCGGUCUGCUUCUGGCUCACAGUCCACUCUUGUCUGGCAUCCACUUCUGGAGUAGCCUCAGCCCCGUGGCCCCGCUCAGCCCCGCCCGACGGCAGGGCCACGGCUCCUUGUUCCAGUUCCCCAGCCUAAUCAAUGGACACAUGCCGAUUCCACUGCCAAGCCUGGAAGGAACACCCUCCUCGUCCUCCUCGCCCUCAGCUACCCACAAAUCCUGAUCCCGAGUCUCCCUGCUCACCCUUGAGAGGAAUGUUGCCCCUUUUUCAUCCUGGUUAACAUCCUCUUGAGACUGUUCUGUGACCUCAUUCGUGUUUUGUCUUGGGGGGUUUUUUUUGCACUUGGGUUGCUUGAGGUUGCAGUGGUGAAAGCACUCUGUUUAAAAAAGCCAUAUCGCUAGUUACUAGCGAGAUGCUCCUUCAUAACCUCUCUUCUUUUAUCAAUGUAACAUAUGCACUAUGCUACUCAGAUGCCGGCUGUGCCUUAAUUGUGUCAUCGCCUCCCCUUUCUAAAAUCCCAACUCCCCCUUGAAAACAAGAUUUUCAAAAUAAUGAAAAGCCUUUUUCUUUUUUUAGUACUUCCUUUUUUUAAACUGGAUGUGGUAUACAGUGUGUAUCCUGUAUCAUUUUGUAUUGUGAAGAAUGUCACUCAUUUUCAAUAAACAAAGCAUUGAAUGCUUAAAUGCUGUGACUUUUUCCCCCCAAUAUGGAAGGAACACAGAUGUUCUUAUUCAACUUUGUUUUUUUCGUCUGUUUGUGGAUGGGUCUGAAGUACUCAUGCAAGGGAAAUGCAAUGAAAAAACAAUAAUUUGAUACACCUAAAGGUUGAUGCAACUAUUAGGCUUUUUCCUUACAGUAAUGUUUUUAACACUAUUACAGUGGUGCUUUAAAAUAGUUUUGACUAACAUGUUACCAGCCAUUUUGUGACCAAUUUUUUUUCUCAACUUGAAAUAAAUGAGAAAUUUUCUGUAUCGUCAUACAAAAGGAGGGGGGAAAAGCAAACGCUAAUCAAAACUUGUAAAUGUGGGGUGGCGUGGCUCAGUGGUAGAGUAAUUGUCCCCCAACCCAGAGGUUGCGGGUUCGAUUCUCCGCCCUGAUGAACACGUCUAAGUGUCCUUGAGCAAGACACUGAACCCGACGUUGCUCCUGGUGCUGCUUGACCAGUAGGUGGAUGGUGAGAUAGUGUAAAGCGCUUUGAGCGCCUUGAAAGGUGGAAAAGCGCUAUAUAAGUGUAACACCAUUUACCAACACCAAAUGUAUAUCGAGUAUGGCGAAUUGCUUUGGGUAUUUUACCAACACCAAAUGUAUAUCGAGUAUGGCGAAUUGCUUUGGGUAUUUUAUCUUCUUGAUAUCCAUAUUAAGGCCAUCCUAGUGGGACCAAAGUGGUGAGGAAAAUAAGUAUUUGAACAGCCUGCAAUUUUGCAUGUUCUACUUAGAAAUGAUCGGUCAGUUUCAAAUGUUCAUGGUGGGUGCCUGUCCACUGUGAGAGACAAUCUUAAAAAAAUAAUCCAGAAAUCACAGUCUACGAUUUUUUUAAAAAAACAUUUGCAUUAUACUGCUGCAAAUAAGUAUUUCAAUACACGAACAAAAAAUAAUGUCAAUAUUUGGUACAGUCAUAGACUUCAUAAUAUAUUGACGGCCGCGGGACCGAUUAAUAGGGGGCCUAUCUCCGUCAAAGCCGACCGAGUGGAAACACAAAGCUUUUUACAUUGAAAAUUAUCGUGAAUAAAUGCUUGAAUCCCUGAAUUCUUUAUAGAUAUGAACGUAAAACAGUUGAUUCUUAGUUAAAAGCAAAAAAAAAAAAAACGCGCAGUUAGCAUUUAUUUUACGUAUGUAUUGCGAAUUAUGACACCAAUGCCGUAGCGGUUAAUUUCUCCCAUUAUUUUUUCUCACGUUUCAAAAUGCAUGCAUGGUAUGAAAAGUAUAAUAUUUACCUUGAAUCCUCGAACAAAUCACUCCUAAGACAAUCCUUCCUGUUUGUAUGCGGUACAACUUUUGUACUUUUUCAACCUAAAUCCGGUGUUCGAUCGCUACAUGUGUGAGAAUAACCGUCACGGACUUCGCCCGACUAAAGCGGAGUGUGGGACAGCCCCCUACUCGAAGGCGUGGCACAGUGUCUGGACAAUGUGUCCCAUCAAUAUCAUGAUGACGUCUACAGUACAGUAGUCUUUGUUUACAAUAACAGAGGUCAAACGUUUUCUGUAACUUUUCACCAGGUUUCUCACACACUGCAGCAGGAAUUUUUCACUCUAGAUCAAUCAGGUUUCUAGACUGUAACUAAGAAACACAAAGUUUGAGCUUCCACCUAAGAUUUUCAAUUGGGUUUAGGUCUGGAGACUGGCAAGGCCCCUCCAGAGCCUUGAUAUGCUUUUUACGAAGCCACUUGGUUAUUCUGGCUGUCUGCUUAGGGCCAUUGUCAUAUUUGAAGACCCAGUCAUGACCCAUUUUCAAUGCUCUAACUGAGGGAAGGUUAUUCCCCAAAAUCUCACAAUACAUGGCCCUGAUCAUCCUCUUCUUAAUACACUGCAGUCGUCCAGCUCCAUGUGCAGAAAAACACCCCCAAAGCAUGAUGCUACCACCCCCAUGCUUCACAGUAGGGAUAGUGUUCUUGGGAAGGUACUCAUCAUUCUUCCUCCAAACACAAUGAGUGGAACCAAAAAGUUGAUCUCAUGCAACCACAUGACUUUCUCCCAUGACUUCUCUGGAUCAUCCAAAUGGUCAUUGGCAAACUUAAAACAGGCCUGGACAUGUGCUGGUUUAAGCAGGGGAAAUUUCCGUGCCUUGCUUGAUUUUAAACCAUAACGUAUUAGUGUAUUACCAACGGUACCCAUGGAAAUUGUGGUCCCAGCUCCUUUCAGGUCAUUGACCAGCUCCUCUGUGAAGUUCUUGGCUUAUUUUUCACCAUUCUUAGGAUCAUUGAGACCUUAAGAGGUAGAUCUUGCCUGGAGCCCCAGUCCAAGGGAGAUUGACAGUCAAGUUUAGCGUCUUCCAUUUUUCUUAUCAUUGCUCCAACGGUGGAUCUUAUACCACCAAGCUGCUUGGCAAUUGCACCGUAACUCUUUCCAGCCUUGUAGAUCAAACAGAUCAAAAAGUCAAAAGUCCAGCUCCACUCCACCUAUUUAGGAGAAAAAGUGGCUUGGAGGUGGACUUUUUAAAGGCGACUAACAACUUUAGCUAAUAGACAGAUGUUCAAAUACCUAUUUGCAGAAGUAUCGACACUGUGAUUUCAGGACUUUUUUUUUUUUUUAAAGAUUGUCCCUCACAGUGGAUAACCACCUACCUUGAAAAUUUCAAACCUAUCAUUUCUAAACUGGAGAACUUGAAAAAUCGCAGUGUUCAAAUACUUAUUUUCCUCACUGUAAGUAGACCUAUUGGGUGUACUAGAGUUCAGGACAAAUAGUAUACCAGUAAAUGGAGCUGGAUUGAAUUGGAUUCAAAGCAAUUAAUGCUCAGUUGUGCUACUCCAUUUGUGUCUUUUUAGUUAUAUUGUUAUUGAAGUUUCACUCCCAAUUAUUUUCAGUGGUGUAAACAGAAAUGGCGGGGACUUCAACUUGGCCUUGUAACAGAGGAGAAGACAAGUGGGCUUUUUAAAUAGUUGAAGCUACAUACAAUAUUAAAAAAUGGUGGGAGGUGUACCUUUGUUUUAAUACCCUGCACGUUUUACCUGAGAGGAAUGAUAUGCCAGCAAGUUUUCACCAGUCAACACGGCCUAGGGAGGAGGAGGUUAAAAAAAAAAAAAAAAAGACCCAAACCAUUUCAAGAAGCAAUGAAAAGGUUUUUUUUUUUAAGGUUGAAUUCUAUGAAUGAAAAAUGAAGAAAAUCACAACAAAAUGGUUACCACUUCAAAAAAAUUAAAAAUCUAUACACAUUGCAUGUUUUUUUGUUUUGUUUUUAAAGUGACGGAGCCAGUUAGAAUUCUAAACAGUAGUCGGAUUUUAGCAGCACUUUCUGUCUCUCUCUCUCUCUCUCUUAAUAAAUAUAGAAUAUAAAUCUCUGUUGGGCCACAUUUAGGCCAAACCUUGAAUAAUAAGGUUGGGUUGAUGGGAGUCACACUCUGAACAAGCACCCAGAGUGGUUUGGAGGACCUGCUGGUGGUGAUGAAGACGAAGAAGAAGAUGAUGCUCCACCGCAAUCCAGCAGUGAGACUGUACAACUCAUGAGAUUCUUUCCAAAUAACUAAGAAAAAUACAGUCCUAAAACAGCAUGCUUUGUCUUCGGUUCUUCCCGUUACCUGUCGAAAAAAAAAAAAGUAAUCAAAGGUAAUUUAAAGUCUAAGAAUCAAUAAAUCUAAGACUAUUUAAAACUAAAUACAAAAACAAGUUACUAUUAAUUAGAGUUUAAAGGCCGUUUCAGCCUAGUGCGAAGGGUCCAGCGGUGGCAGUCGUUAAGGACUGAGCGAAAAGUCUUGAAUGAAUUUUUGCCGAGGGGUGGGGCCCAAAUAGAGACUUGUUCUUUUCUCACGGCGCCACCACGCUGACGUCAACAACGCAUCCAAAAGCAAAGGGGCAGACAUACUUAUAUCUGUGCUAUCAGACCAUUUCGGUGGCCAGAUAUACGCAAAUCAUGGCCGACGAAACCUUGAAAAAUGUGCCUUUGUAAAGUUUCGUGAGCUCUGGGACACUCAAAAAAUGACUCUCAUACCUUUCCUUGCUAAGCUAAAUUGUACCUCGAUGUGUGUUUGUGUGGAAAUGUAGUUCACGGACCGCAAAAAGAACUAUUCACCUUCUCACUGAAACUAGUAAAACUCUUUACACUGCUAUUAUAAUGCCCCCUACUCCUUGAAAUAGAAAAAAAUGCUGUUGUCUUGUGUAACAAUGAGAAUAAACGCACUGGUGCUUGGGACUAGAGUAAAUAUGCUUGCUGUUUUUCACUUCUUGACAGCAUCUACAUCAGGCUACGUGAUGCCGUUUUGUGCUUGCUGUGGACCGCUCUUCACACUGGGCUGACACUAGUGUGAAAAGGCCUUAAGUACUACUAUACAUAAAAAACUGAACCUAUCUAAUUAAAAAUGAAAAAAAAAAAAAAAAUCCACACUAUACGAUCUAAAAUACUAAAACCUACUCUCUGAACUGUGAUCGGUUCAGUAUGGUUCUUUUAUUCCCACAUCAUGUAAACUAGAUACUUAGGUAGUAGGUAGGUUUUUGCCCCCACACCUCAAAAAAUGCAACAUGAAAUGGUCUCUUAUCACAGCACGUAAAUAUUUGCCGUUUGUAUGGGGAAUGUGUGCCCCCUUCUGGAUAAAUCUCCAAGAAUUUUCAGAGGUUUUCAACAUCAAGGAUUCUUGAACCAAUCAAGGAAGAGAUUUGAGCAUCACCUGACUCAGAGUACGAGGUGCUCCUGCAGCCGGGGUCUCUUUGCAGCUGGACCUCCUUCAACGUGAAUAUGGAGACGUCUGACAGAGAUGAAAUGGGUCAGAGUGAGCAAAUGUGUGUGCUUUUCAUGUUGUGAGGCUUCCUGCCAAGUCUGCUGAGCUUGGCUGCCAUCUUCUUACUCACUCUCUGGCAACGUGCGUAUGCGAGGCCCCAGGCUCCCGAAGUAUGGCUGCCUCGUGGCUUCGUCUGCAGACAGCCUCUUUUUCGACUCGUACUGUUAAACGCGAGUACAACAGAAAAAAUGAGGUCAAGCGGCAUUUAACGGCACAUGGGAUUGCGGCAAGAGCCUCACUUUGAGGAAGGACAUCAGCAGGUCGACGCCAUCCAUGUCCAGUCUGUGGAUAAGGGAGAAAAGAGAGAGCGUUGAGGAAAGACGAGGUGAGUCAUAGAUGCUGGCCAGCCGCAGGAAGGAAACACACUCAACUGUUCCACAGGAUUUCCUUACGGGAAGUGGCGCGCACUCACAUUCAUCCACAGUAAACACGAGUUAUAUGGCCUUGACCCUCACGUAGCCCUCUUUUACCUCUCCCGUUCUGCCUGAUUUACCUGACAGACCAAUUUGUUUCUUGAUCGACCCCAUUUUGCAGCUCUUGUAUACCACUCAGGUACAUUUAUUCAGGCAUCGUUUCUCUCACAUGCCCUUUAGUUUCUUCACUCUUCAGUUAUCGCCCUAAUUGUCGCUCAUGUCUCCAUUGUAACAUACCCAUCUUUGAGAUUUUGUUUUCCUCUCUUUUUACAAUUGAGGCUAAACCUUUUCAAUGUUUGGGGGCCUAAACAAGGUUGAUCAAAGUUAUUAUAACUGAAUUCAAGGGCGUAGGUUUUGUCUCAGUAUUGGUAGGGACAUUAGCUGCAUAUACACUUUUUGCUGGGAACGGGACAUUAAUAAAACCAAACAGAUUGGGUGAACGGUGGUCAGGGCUACAUUUCUCACCAAUAAGAACCUAAUUAAUUGAUAGGCUAAAUGAUUAAUGCAAAAUAAAUCUGUAUUGACUUGUACUAACUUUCAUACUGCAGAUUUUACAGUAUAAUGAUCUGAUCAUUUUUCUUAAAUCUAGUCGAAUAUUUUUUUUCCUCUUGAGUUUUAAAGGCUAGUUAACAGAUAAAUGCAUCAGAUUCUUUCAGGCUGAUGACAGAUUACUUUUAGUCAAUAUUACCAUUUGUUCUUAUUAGGCCCAUACAUUGAAAAGUGAAUCAUUUUUCAACUAAAGCAAGGAAAAGUU